UCCAAUUACAAAAUUUAAAAAAAAAUAGUAUUCGUAAUUUCAUUUGUAUCAGUGGAGGGGUUGUGGGAAGAAGUGUUAAAAAAAUUUUUGGCCACAGUUUGCUUUAACAUUCUUUCAUUUGUUGGUGGGUAUGAAAAAUUUUAUACAGGAUUAUGGGAGCAGGAGGAUAAUAUAUUUCCCCCUUCCCAACAUACGUUUACAUUUUGUCAAAGCUUUCUGACCUCGAGCAGUGCUUGGUCCAUCCCUGGUCGGUUCCAGAUGUCGGCCCUGCCUGUCUGGAGGCACAGCAUUGCGCCGGGUUUAACCUGUUAAAUAAUGCGUGUCUAUGGAAAUAGUGUAAUUAAAAAAGUACUGUUGAAAUGUGGAUUAAUGAAACAGACCUCUAUGUAAAAGGGAUGGUUCAAGACAUUUAUUUUAAUAACAUGAAAAUAACUGAAUAGAAAGAAUCAUGAACAUUACAUCAUGAAGUGAGUAUUAAUAAACAACGGUUAUAGCAAAACAAACAAGGAAUUAUUGGUUUAUAUGUUUUGCUAUUCUGAUGAGAAAUGGAAUGGGGGAUCGUUCUUAUGACAUCAAUUAUGAACCCGGCAAUAGUGGGCCCUCCCUGAGUCUAAAGCACCUAGCAGUAUUCAAGACGUAACACCAUGUCCAAGUGCAGGGAUGCAGGGAAGGGUGCAAGUGUGUAUUGUAGACCGGCCGGCGGAGAGUGAGUGGGGCUGUCCUGCAGACUCAACGAGGCUCGACCAUGCAGCUGUCCGUCCUGGUGUUGUCCGUGGGCCUCGCUCUGUGCGGGGCGGUGCCACGCUACGAGCUGCCCGGACCCUGGCCGGCGACCCAUCAGGGCCCCUUCCUGGAGCGCGAGGAGGCCGCCAUGAUGCCGGCGUAUUUACUGAUGGCGCGGGAGAGGCCUCGCCGCUCGCUGCAGCCAGGCGCGCCGCAGUACCCGCUGCCCGGCGCGCAGCCCGCCCAGCGCGACAACGACGUGGCGGUGUCGGCGACGAGGGAGCGCGGCGUGGGCACCGUGGUGGACGCCCAGGGCCGCGCCAACGUGUGGCGCAGCGACGACGGCAACACGCGCGUCGACGCGCACGGCCGCUGGACGCGCGUGUACGACGGGCCGGCGCGCGGCCAGCGCUCGCACAGCGCGGGGGUCGUGUUCUCGCACCGCUGGCGCUGAUCCUCGCCCGUGCACAACAACACGUGUGAACACAUACAUCUGCCUUGCUGCAGAAACAUUGCAAAGAUAACUUUUUAAUGUGUCUAAAGUAAACCUUGUAGAGAUACGUUUCUGCACUGUUCUUAAAACCUAUGAUUUUCUUCAAGUA